AUGGAGAUUUGUCCUCCCGAACCACCUAAAGAAACGCGUCCGGUUUCGAUCAUAGAAGCAAAAAAUAAAAUUCGGCUGGAUCACGAUGAAUGUUGCAAUUGUUGUUGCUGUUGCAUACCACAACCCACUGCAUUUAAAUAUGUUCAACCGGAAGUACCGAAAUCUUUCCGACCAAUUCGAUAUUAUAUGAAAUCGGAUUUACCAAUAGAAGAUUCUACAACGUAUCGAUACUCGUAUUGGGAUGGGCCACGUCCAAUAAUUGAACCAAUAAAACCUAAAGAUUGGUUGACACUCGGUGACGGUCGUAUAACCGAUGAAACAAUUCACAAAUUGAGUUACUUGGGUAAUUGGUGCAUAAAAACGGAACCAUCUAUAACACCAUGCGAUAAACAAUGGCUCGGUAGAGGACCAAUGCAAGAUGAGACUACACAAAAACACGAUUAUCAAUGGAAAUCUAUGAAACAAUCUGAAUCAUUCAAAGCAAGGGACAAUUUGUAUCUUCCUUGUGCUUCAUUAUCCGAUGACACGACAUAUCGAUUAAGUUAUUUCCCGGUUAAUUGUAAUUUACCUACGAAAUCUUAUACAACUAAAAGAAAUUAUUGCAAACCGUUAAUACCAAUGGAUGGUUGUACGACAUACAAAUUGAGUUAUUGGCCAACCGUAACACCAAUUAAGAAUGAUCGAUCAUUGCAAAAAAAGUUAGAAUACCAUAGGCCAAUCGAUCCUAUGGAAAAUUGUACGACAUAUAAAUUAAGUUAUUGGCCACAUUGUGAAAAACGUCGAUCACCUUUUACAAUACAGGAUACGGAAAACAUUCUCAAUGCAGAUUGUUGCUUCAACGAUGACACGAUUUAUCAAUUGAGUUAUUUUAAUUGCGGAGGUGAUAAAAGUGAUGCAAUUAAACCGCAGGAAAACAUUUGUCUAUCAUCUUGCCCACUUUCACACGAUACAAUAAACAAAUUGAGUUUUUUAGGAAAUUGGUCAGUAAAACCGGAAAAAUCAAUAACACCAUGUGACAGACAAUUGUUAGGUAAAGGACCAAUGCAAGAUGAAACAACGCAGAAACAUGAUUACACUUGGCGUUAUUCUACACCAUUGGAUGUAAUAAAACCGGAAAAUAAUCUCACGUGUGCCCCAAUUCCAUUGGAAUGUUGUACCACGCAUAAAUUAUCAUACAUACCGAACGAUUGUACCACAUUAUUACGUAACAAUUCUUAUGCACCGUAUCGUCAAUAUCAAAGACCGAAUUUACCAAUGGAAUCAGAAACAACCAUGAGCUUGAGUUAUCAACCGGUUGAACAAGCCGAUCGUGUACCUAAAACUUGGAAUCAAAUUCCAUCAUAUCAUACACCUGUUACACCAUUGGACGAUAAUACUACAUAUAAUUUAAGUUAUAUACCACCUGGAACUCUAGUACCAUUAUCACCGUGUUAUACAUCUUGUUCUACGUCAAACAAUUGUAACAUACCACCUUGUCAACCAUGUCAACCAUGUCAAGCCUGUCCAGCAUCCUGA